GGAGUUGGAAUGGACGCCGCCGACUCAGCGUAGGGAUGGAGUCCUGUGCCGCCGGCCAUCUUCAGUACCUGCUCGAUCUCUCCGUCCACCUCGCCCAUCGACGGCCGGUCGGCGCCGGCCUCCUCGACGCAGCGCAGCACCAGGUCCAUGUACUGCUCCAGCCCGCCACCGCCUGGUCCAGCAGCUCGUGCAGGCCGUACAGAUCCUUGGUCCGGUCCAGCGCCGCCUUCGUCCCGGACGAUGUACCGGCCGGUGGCCGCGCGCCAGCGGCUUCCUCGCCGUGACCACCUCCACUCCUCCAGCAUCAGCACGCCGAUGCUGUAGGCGUCGCUUUUCUCCGUCAGCUGCUGGCUGCUGCAACAUCCCAAAGUGUCGCAUUCAUCCAGCAUUAAUUCACUUGCCGUCGAUGUCGUUGCCUGCCGACGUCGUCUCCGGCGCCGACGUCCCAGUUUUCCAAUGCUCGUUGCCGCCACCGCCGGCUCUUGCCCCUCAAGUCCUCACACUUACGAUGGACCGGUUGGCCCACAGUUGCAUCUCGCAGAUGAUGGUCAACCCGCCUCAUUCCUACCUGCUACCCGUUGGUUUGUCGAUAGGCAACGAACCCCUCCAAAGCAACGCUGAACUCCUGUAUCGAAGUUUUUGAUGACCUGAGCCCGUUGACUUGGUGGAUUGGAGAAGGCAGCAGCACAUCACUAUCUGGUUCUUGUGUUCUUGCUGCAAUCAGUCGAGAUUCAGGCUGCUUUGGAUAUACUUGCAAUCCUUGACAGGAUUUUACUAGGAUCUAGAUAUCUCUAUAUCGAAGGGCAGCUGUCUCACCGAGUCAUCAAAUCGUGGAGCGAUAUUUGCAGGGAAGACUUGCCUCGAUUUAUCCCUUCUAUAGACCUUACUCAUGUGAGAGCCUCCGGCAACGGAGUCUGCCCCUAGAUAUCUGCAUAUCAUGGGAAUAUGAAAAGGCUAUCCUGUCCUGUAUAUCUAUUUCUGUUUUGUAGGAUUAUUAAGGAUUUGGAAGGAUCCUAGGGAAUAGUUGAAUCAAUAAUUUUGGGGGGAAAUUACCCUCAUCCCUCCAGAAUGGAGAACAAGUCAGAUGACCUUCAGCACGAGCAUGGUAUGCCCGAUCAGACGUCUCGUCCCUUCACUUCACUCUUACUGUCGGCAACAUCUGUCGCCCAAGCAGCACAACAAGAUACCGGUUCUGACAUCAAAUCGCUUAGUCUGCUGCAUGGAAGUAGCUUACUCCCACCUGAUGAUGGUUACAUCUGGAAGGCGCGCGCGCAGAACAUUGUUCCAGGCUGUGAAUAUCCCACCAUGUAUUACAAGUGCGCCCAGGACAACUGCAACACAAAUAAAUUGGUGGUAUGCUCUGCUGAUGGUCAUCAGGUUCUUGAGACGGUUCUUAGUGGUUGCCACAACCACCCACGUCAGCAAGAUUGUGAUCUACCCAUACCCAAGGUAUCAAAAACGGAUACUUCAAUGCCUGUGUCCAGAGAGGGAGAUGAUGAGCAACUUUCAAGUUCAAGUGAUAGCGAUGAAGAUGAUGUUGACCAAGCAAGAGUUGAAGGUGAUGGCAGUGUAACUAGACAUGUGCCACAUCCAGCUGAAAGGAUCACUGCACAAACUGGAACUGCAAAUUCUCACCGACAUGCUGGUAGAAGAAGACCGAAGUCCAAGGUGUGGGAAGAAUUCAGUGCUGUGUUAAGAGAUGACAAAAUUCAAUGGGCCGAAUGUAAGCACUGUAAAAUGAGCCUUGGUGGAACAAGCACAGGAAGAACAACCCAUCUGCGGCGGCAUCUUAAGAUCUGUCCAGCGCUACCUGCAACUGAUCGGAUGCAGAAACAGAGGUCAUCUCCACAUCCUGGUUCCACCAUUGAGAGCAUCUGGAAGUUCGAUCAAGACAGAUCUCUUGAAUUGCUCAUCAAGGUUUUAGUGUCCAACCUUUUCUCCUCUCCAUUGACAAGCAGCACAACUUUUAGACAGCUAUGGGCUGGCAUCUGCCCUACUAAUGAUGUGUUAUCGGACGCUGCUAUUGAAGAGAAGUUUCUCAGUAUUUUUGAGAAUGAAAAGCUUAAGCUUAAGGAGGAAAUAGCACUUGCACCUGGCGGAGUUUUUCUGACAGCUGCAAGCAGUUCUCUUGAAACUAAGAACUUCAUCUUUUUGACCGUGCACUUCAUUGAUAAAGAAUGGAACUUGAAUAGGAAAAUCAUUAGAUGUUGCUUUACGGGGUGUGAAGACUUUGAUGCUGAGUAUUUUGUUAGCAUGUUUCCGAAUUUGCAAUCAUGCCACAAUUUCAUUAAUGGGAAUGUGAGAGCAGCUGAAGAAGAAAUAGUGAAAGAGGCAGUACAAAAUUGGAGGCUUGAGUGGAAGCUUCUAGGAAUUUCAUCACGUAAGUCAUUAGCUGAUGCUGCUGUACUGGCUCUUGAGAAGAAUCUUACAGAACAGAACUAUCUUCUUGCCAAAUGUAAGUUGUUGAAUCUCCCCUGCAUAAUAGAUGCCCUAAAUGACCUUUUUGGUUAUGAAAUCAAUGAAUAUGUACUAAGUACAAGUAAGAUGUGGUUUCAGUACAUGACAUGCACCCCACUACGUAGGGAUAAAUACAAAGAAAUCCUGUCACGCCUGCAAAUAAACCGACCUUCUUUUGGUUCGCAGAGAUGGUACUUAACUUUCCACUCAUUGGAAGCUGCUUUGCAGUUUAACAAUGAGCUGCCAGACCCUCAACAGAUAGACUCCAGAUAUUAUCCAGCUAAGCCAUCUUUUGCACAGCUAAAAGCAGCAGAGAACUUUUGUGAUCUUGUAAGGGCGAUUUACCAUGCAGUAAAAGUAGUUUCCAGAACUUGCAAUGGGGCCUUGAAUUCACAAUUUCACGCAAUUUGGAACUUGAAGAUGGCUCUGCUCCGUUCAUCUACAAAGGAAAACAUCGACCAAGUUUUUAAUAUUGAACAAAUGAAGCUGAAAUUUGACCAGCUUUGGAGGAAAUGGUACCUAUGGCUGUCGUUAGCUGUUGUUCUAGAUCCCAGAUAUAAAUUCAGGUUUCUUCUUGUUUGCUUUAAGGAAGCCUUUGGUAGUCAUGCCAAAAGGUACAUCUUUGAAGUGCGAGGAAAGCUGUAUGAGCUCUUUCUUCAGUACUCUUGUCAUGUUGAUCAACAAAAUAGUGACAGCUUUGAUCAGAGAACCAAUGAUUUACAGUUGGAUACACAUGGUAGCACACCAGUGCAUGCCACAAGUCAAAAUUUCAUUGAGCAAGCAGCACAUGAGGAACUGGGAGAAGUCAUUAGAUACCUUGAAGCAGAGCUUAUUCCUCAAAAUGCCAAUUUUGAUAUUUUGAAAUGGUGGAAGGAAAAUGCUUUGACAUAUCCAGCUCUUGCCAGGCUGGCUUGCGACAUCUUAGCAAUUCCUGGAUCUGCGGUCUCUGCUGAAUCUGCAUUUGAUGAAACUGAUGAACGGGUGGGACUUUUCAAUCUGAAGCUGAGUCCUGAAUUAGUUGAGGCCCUCGUCUGCACCCAGGAUUGGAUCAAAUCUUCAGAAAUAAUUUCUGACGAAGUUGGUGGAAAUAUAAAUAUGCCUGCCUAGUGCACAGCAAGCUCCCUCGGCCGUUUCAUUGGUUCAAUAAAAAAAUGAAGAGCCCUUUAGACCUUCUCAGUAUAAUGCGUGACGGAGUCUAAUUGGCAAUGCUUGUUUUGUUGUGCUAUUCAGCGUGCAAAAUAUGAACAAUAUUAGUCUUUUAUUAAGUCAAUUUUGCAGUACAUGGCUGAAAUAUGGAAUGUGUACUAUGUGAAUGGCUGAAAUAUAUUAAAAAAAACUUCAAAACCCAAUAAUUGUUUUUGCUGACGGAUCAGAUUUGAGGUGAGAUGUGCCAUAUAUAUUUAUCUUUGAA